AAGCUCUGUAAAGAUGUUUUUGAGUGCGCCAGGUGCCUUGCGCAGGUCAUUUGCAGACACUAACACAAAUCCAUCGAUCCUACUUCUAGGCAAAAACGUUGGAGAGGUCUCACCACACGCGUUCUGGACGUUAGCAGCAGCACAACGCUUCAGAUCCAAACAUGGAUGGGGAGUGUUCGUUACCGAGAGGAUAGUUAAGAAGGCAAUUAUUCAAAUCCUGCAGCAAUUUCAGUCGAUGGCUGCUGUGGUGGUAUCAUAGCAACAACACCCAAGAAUUAGAAAAAUAUUAACAAUAGCCCCGUAUCACCCGCUGCCUGCCAGCACAAAACUCUCCAUUACAAACUCGGCGCGCUGCUCUCUGACAAGACACUCCCUGGAGAGGAGCGCGGGUGAGCCGGAUAAAAAGGAUAGUAUUUUUCUCCCAGACGCAGGUUGACUUGGAAAGGCUUACGCCUCGAUGAAAACUACAUCGCCGAGUGACUGUGACUGGAUCCUCUUGCUAAAGAAGAUCGCCAGAUCCUUUGCCAGAAUGGAAUUACAUGGAAUAAACGAAGUUUCCUUUUACGACAUGAGAUAUCCGCGCCCGGGAAUCGAAACUUUCUUUCAGGGUUUUUAAUAUGUGGUUGCAUUGCCUGUCUUCUAUGCCUCAGGAUGAGUGAGUGAGCAGUCCGUCUGCCGAGUCCCAACCAUGAUCGCCACCGGAGGCCUGCUGCGGAUCAACAGGAGGCAGGACUCGCUGCGCUCUAAGAGCCGUGCCGAGAACAAGCGUAAGAGAAAAGCCAAGAAGAAGCGGAAGAAUGAGGUGGUGGUGGUCAAGGGCAAGCUGAAUCUCUGCUCCAUCUCGGGGGUGGUGGCGGCUAUUGGGAUUCUAAUCCUACUGGUGGGCAUUGCCAUGGCCAUACUGGGUUACUGGCCCAGGGAGAGCCCACUGUACCCGGAUCCGCCCAAAAUCCAGAUCAUUUACAACAAAAAGGAGGAGUCAGGGCUGACAGGCAACUGGACGAACAACGCGAAGGACGGAUUUCACUUGGAUGGGGAUUUGGUCAGUAACAAUCGUUCCAACGGCACAGGUUUAGAGCAGCCGUCUAUGGGCUUCCUGGCUGAGUUCUUGGAUAAGUACCUGUACUCGGACAAGUUGAAGGUGUUCGGUCCCCUCAUCAUGGGCAUUGGCAUCUUCCUGUUUAUCUGCGCCAAUGCGGUACUGCAUGAGAACCGCGAUAAGAAGACCAAAAUCAUCAACCUGAGGGACAUCUACUCCACUGUCAUUGACAUCCACAGCUUGCGGACUAAGGAGAACAUGCCGAUCAAUGGCUUUGUGAACUACAUGCAGUCCAAAGGGGUGGAGGGCAAACCUAGCGCUGCAUAUACCGCCGCCCUGCUGGCCAAAGGCACUUGGCCCUCGGGAGGUUCGCCGGACGAGGGCAGCCUGGGCCCCUCCAGAUGCCACUCCCUGACUAGGUCAAGGGUGUCAUCUCUGGAGAGGCAGACGUUCACCGACACAGUCUACACAAUCUCCAGACACAGCGGGGCCGGCCAGCAGAGCAGCCCGAUUUCCAUCCCCAAACGGUGGGAGACCCGGACAAUAGUGGCCUCCUCGGUCAACGCCUUCACUCUCCCCAUGACCAAACCCAACCAUCGGGCCAACCAGCAUCAGCGCAGGCCUUCAGCCAAAGCAGAGGCAGGGAGGAGCAGGGCUGCCCUGUGUGACUCUGGCGAAGAAGACGAAGCCUGGGUUGGGUACGGUGUUCCAGAAACCACCACCCAGGCAAAUGUGGAGACUUUGCAGACGGCUAUGCUCCUGCCUCAGGACUCUGUGGAGGUGUACAAGAGCAGUGGUAGCCUCCAGGGGGCGCUUCAGGGCUCCCAGAUCCAGCUGCUCCCCUCGUCCCCCACUGGCCCCAGGGUGAUGGGUUCCCACUUGUCCCUCAGCGCCCUGACGGACUACUCCAGGUCCAUCGACCUGGGCAUCACUCCAUCCACCCCCACCGAGUGGAAGGUGGAACGGUCUCGGCGACUCAGCUGCCCUCGUUUAGAGGUACCGGGAGGCGGUGGGUACAUCAAACUGGGCGACCUGGGGGGGGAGUCCUUUGAGUCAAGGGAGUCAUGUGAGGUGACCGCCUUCAGCCGAGUGACCUCAGAGGAUUGUCUGGCUAAGAGUCAGAGGGAAGGAGGAGUAGCCAAUGAACAGGAGGAGAGCAGCCCCGGGGGACGACAGGACAGGUGCUCAAGGCGAUACUCCAACAAAGAGAAACUUCUCAUGAUCUCUCAGUCAGACUCCGUUUUGGACGAUGAGGAAGUGGAUAGCACAGAGAUAUGAUUGGACAAUUACUGAUUGGUGGAUUGAGUUUAUUUGGAGAGAAAACAAUUGACACAUGAUAACUCGCAGUUGGUUGAAGACACUUGACAGCAGUUUCAUGGAAUUAUGACAACGACAAUACUGCAUAGGAUCUGAGAUCUAGAGGAUCUUGUGGUUCGUUGCAAAUGCAAUUAUCGAUAUGUGACCAAAAGCCGAACAUGGUCUUUGGAGGCUAUGAAAACAGAAGACUGUGUGUAUAGUAUUUUGUCAAGGGUUUGUUUGUGUAGGUUGGAAGAAUCGCACCCAACUGAAAGAGUUUCAAAGCAAAAAGAUAACAUUAACCAAAAAAGGGCCCGUUUUAAAAUGGUGAUUGAACCGUUAGUUACUGUACCAUCCACUUGAUGUAAUAGUUUCUCUAAUUUGUAGAAAUAUAGUGUGUCUGUUCCACCUACUGUCACAACUGAUACUGUAGUAGUAUAUUGAUUGAGAGUUGCUGUCUCAACAGCAUGUAUUUUGUACUUUAAUGUCCUUGCCGUUUUUAUCAGUUUGAAUUCAAACUUUAAUAGCAAUACAUCAUUGACCAUCUCUGUUUGCUUGUGGGGGAAACAAUGUUGGCAUAUUUGCCUGUGUGUCUUUUAAAUUCUCUGAGUAAGGCUUGUAUGUUAUUGUUUAGAACUGUCUUGACUUGCUUGUUAAGGAAUCUCCUGUAUAUCUUUGCUAUCGCUUUUGCCUGGGCGAAAUUAAAAACAACACUCUAACUAGCACAAUUCACAGCUGAACACUUGUAUCUCUGUACAAGUAGCCUAAGUACCUUAGCACAAGUAACCAUCUGUGGAAAAAAUACUUAUCAAAUCAAUGUUAUCCUGUGCAAAAGCAGCUGGAUUGUUUUUGUAGUUGGUUCUUGUUCAAUAACACACCUGCAGUAAAUAAUUGUAUUCCAAUUGUUCCUGGUGCCCAUGGUCAAUUCAACCAUCCCAUGGUCGUCCUAUGGCUCAAUCAGUCUUCAAAUAAACUUAUGAAGCUGUCUCAUUA